AUGAGGCCUGGUACCACAUCCAACUUAUCGUUUAACAGUAGCUCUGACUAUUCAGCACAUUUAGUUCCUUUGGAUGAAUGCGACACAUCUUCAUUAGCUAGCGGUAAUGUUAGAGAUCCGCAAUAUAUUAGCCGUUUUUAUAAUCCUGACAGUCAUCCACGAGAUGUGACUGAUGGUAAUUCAAAAGAUUGUAGACCACAACAUGAGGAUGCUUCCACAUUCGCAGUCUCGCAGGAUACGUGUCGUACGUCGCAGCUACAUGCUUCUGGUAGUGUAGAAAAAUAUAGCUCUUCGAUGAAGCCCUCUUCUGGCGUAGCAAUGUCUUCAGCUAUUAAGGACCUCGAGAUGGGUGAGGGAGUGGUAAUGCAUAAUCAUGCAUCCUUUGAAGAAGGCAGCGGAUUAAAUAUGAUACACCCAAAUUCGACAUCGCAUUGGGGUCACCUGUUGAAUGCAGCAGUGGCGGGGGUUCAGAACUGUGGUAAAUUCGUAAAGAAUGGCAUCAAUCACGCAGUAGGGCGGAUGUUAGGGAUUAAAUCCUCCACGAACAUCACUGACGCGCAGUCGUGUGUUUCCUCCGUUAAAACUGAUUCGUUAGCUCCUGAGGGGAAUAUUAGAGGCCUUGACAGCCCUCCAUCUUCUCCAUAUUCACCAAAAAGUAAAAAACAACUUUUUCAACAAAAGUCUGAAAACGAUCGCGAGGUGAUCCGUACGGACUGUAUUUUUGUAAGUGUUGAUCAAGAGUCGAACCUGUUAUUUCGCCCGGCGAACCUUUUAGCAAACCCCACCACGGGCGAGUCACAGCUGCUCAAAGAAGUGACGAGGGAGGAGGAGUUUGGAGUUGAAAACGAGGUCCCGGUUUACGAGGUGGACUUGAUCUCGGCCUUGGAGAGUUAUUUGGAUAAUCCGAAUGAGUGUUUUUCGCAUCUUGUAGCCGCAGCUCUCGCCUCGCGUUCGGUAAAACGCCCAGUUACCGGGGUCGAGGUUGCAGCCGCCCAGUAUAAUCCUUUCAUCGUGCGGUUGAUCGUCGCCUCGGGGUGUUUAGACGUCGAGGAUACCCUUGCGCGGCAGGAGGUGCAGGAAACCAUCGACUCCCUAUUUCCCCUUGAUUGCUCUUGUUUAUCCCCCACUGUCUACGACUACUUGAAAUCGUUUCUGGAGUUACCUUUUGUGAAACUUUCCUACGACCAGUACGCACUUCUGAAGAUGAGUGGGUUUGAAUACAUAAUCCUUAUGCGGAAGUACUCGCACGUGCUCCGGCGGGAUAAAUUCUACACGAUCCUUUUCAAUUAUUCGUCUAAGAUGCUGCUCUUGAAUUGGAUUUUUGUUUUUGUUUCCCUCGUCGUAAAUACGUUGAUCACUCUUUCUAUUAUUAACCACAUCGUGAUCUGGUUUUACCGAGAUAAUGAAUUAUAUCGUGUUAAUGGAAUUUACUCCCUCGUCGUCUUCGGCUGUGGUUAUGUGGUGAACUUCGUUACGAUGGUUUACUUCACACAGCGAAAGGAGGAUACCUCACGUUAUGAGGAUACGGGUGUUUUAAAACCUCCCUCGCUCUAUGUGGUGCUUUUUUUAUUUCCCUUUUAUGAACUGUUUUGCCUUAUUACCUUAACGCGAGCGAUAAGGCGGAAGAAGUUGGUUUUAGUGCAUAAUCUUCUGGCGCUUUCCCGGACCUCCGGGAUGUGCAGUGCGAUGUGGUUAGUCAUUCCGCAAAUCCUCGUUCAGAGGUUUCUUAUAUUUUCCACGGGCAAUCCAGAACUUGAAAAUUUCCAUUUGAAUUCCUCAGUCCUGAUUUAUUUGGGCAUUGGGCAAUGGAGUUUAGCACUUUUUCGUUAUGGUUAUAUGUUGAUGGCUUAUGAUUCGAUUGACUACUUUGGCUACGCAAGCUUCAAAAGAUCAAUCCCAAAGAAUUACCUCGAAAGACAUCCGGGGAUUCUGAUUUUACUCAACCACUACACGACGUACAUUGCCGAAGUAGCAAUAUACACCGUUAUUGUCAGCUUUAUUGAGAUGUACAAUACCUCAAAAUGUAAAGACCUCACUGUUCCUGUUAUCUGCAUUUCGGUGUCUAUGUUAUUGGCAGCUUCCGUGAUGUUUACAACCCUUAUCUUCAAUAAAAUUUCAGUCGGUUUUGUGAGCUUCUUUAAUAUUAUAACUAUUUGUUUCCUGGUCGUGAUAAAGAUGACAAUAAGUCACCGUUAUCCGUCAAGUGAAGAUAUUGACUGUUAUCUCUAUGCUAAAGAAAUUUCAUAUGAUUUUCCGUUUGUCGACGUUCUAUGGAUUGUAUAUGAAGUGUUGUUUUUUUGUUGGUUCCUUCUUGUACUGUCGUGGCCCCUACGGAAGUUUUUUCAUGAUAAUAUCUUCCAAAACGUCGUAUUUCCCUUACUUCAAAGAGUUUUCUGUUUAAAAAAUGAGGAACAAUCAAAAUAUGAUCAAAAGUCGGUGGUAAGGGAUCUCCAGUUAGUAUCUUAA